AUGCAGGAGGACACCGCCCUCCAUGCAAAACAACCACAACUACAGUCACAGUCACAACCACAAUCACAACUUCAGACACUUCAUAAUGACGGUAGUAGAGAAGACCUCGCUACGUCGUCCAUCAUGACCGAUGCCAGAGAAUGGGAGGAAUCCCCCACGAAUCCUGCUACAAUGCCACCUUCCGGUCUAUCUGUCGACCCCACCGAUACUUCGUCUGAUCUCUCCACAUCCCUCUCCAAGCUCGAUAUAACAUCUCCUAAAUCUCCUACGAAAGUAAAGGAUUCUCUAUCUCAGACUCUCCCCAGUUCUCCACCGGCUCCCGUUCCUCCUCCAAAGGAUAAGCCUUUACCCACUCCUGAAGACGUCCUCUCCAAAGCAGAGACAACUCAGACAAAGUCUGCUGGGAACGCUGCCCUACCAGCUUUGCCUCCUCCUGAGAAUGGAAGACUACACCCGGGAUACCCUGCUAAAUCUCAUGGCCGUUCCUUAUCUGGAUCGUCUAUAUUGGACGCCGCUGAAGAGGAGGAGGGGCAGGAUACCAAGGGAGAGAUCAGAAGUAUCAUGUCACAGUUCUCUCCGAAGUUAACCCCACAAUCCGACCUCGAGGACCCAAAACCCUUUUCAUCUUCAUCUUCUCCUUCUCCUCCUCCUCCUACUACCAAUAAUGACGAAAUAACCCUGUCCGAAAAGACGCCAGCUUCACAUAUCCCACCUCGAACAUCCAGUCUUGAGAACCUCAGACCUGCUGCCAAUACUUCUGCUCCUACAACCACCCCGAGAUCCCCGUCAACGUCAUCAUCCACCGAGAAACAUCUACCCCCGCAAUUAAACCGUCGCUUCUCCACAACCCUAGAUCCCCACUCUCCCGCUGAACCCACCCCUCCCCCGCCGGCACCAGAUCCGGAACCUCCACAACCUUUCGAUUUCCACCGUUUCCUCGAACAACUCCGUCACCGUACCGCCGACCCCGUGGCUCGCUUCCUCCGUUCCUUCCUCAACGAAUUCGGAAAACGACAAUGGGUGGUCCACGAGCAAGUCAAAAUUAUCUCCGAUUUUCUGGACUUUAUUCACAACAAAAUGGCCAUCUGCGAUGUCUGGCGCGAAGUCUCGGAUUUAGAAUUCGAUAAUGCAAAGGAAGGAAUGGAGAAACUUGUUAUGAAUAGACUAUAUACCCAGACUUUUUCACCUGCGAUAGCGCCUCCGCCUUCGCCGCUUGAUAAACGAGGGAAAAGACGGCAGAAUCCUCACAUGCCGGGAAGGAGAGGGCAACAUCAGGAGGACGUCGAGAGGGAUGAGAUUUUGGCACAAAAAGUGGCAAUAUAUGGAUGGGUUAGAGAGGAGCACCUCGAUAUAAAACCAGUUGGAGAGAGCGGACGUAAAUUUUUGAGUUUAGCGGUGCAGGAGCUAUUGAAAAUCAAUAAUUACAGGGCACCGAGGGAUAAAGUUAUUUGCGUGCUGAAUUGCUGUAAAGUCAUAUUUGGACUACUACGGCACGCAAACUCGACACAAUCAGCAGACGAUUUUGUCCCACUCUUGAUCUACGUCGUCCUCCGAGCCAACCCUGAACACUUGGUCAGUAACAUUCAAUACAUACUCCGCUUCCGCAAUCCCGACAAACUUGGCGGUGAAGCAGGGUACUACCUAUCGUCGCUUUCGGGGGCAAUCCAGUUUAUCGAAGGACUCGACAGAAGUAGUUUGACUAUUGAAGAUGAAGAGUUUGAAAAAAACGUGGAAGAAGCAGUAAGGAAAAUUGCAGAAGUGAAGGAACCGAUCAGUCCUGUUGUAGGGAGCACACCUAGAGGCAGUGUAAGCGGUGAAGGUGGGCAGGGUCCUCCACAGGGUAGUGGUGGUGGUGCUGGCGUGAGAAGUGUAUCUAUGUCUGCCGCGAUGGCGGCAGAUACGCAAGAGAGAGUUAGUGCAGAAAGAAGGAGGAGUGUGGAUACUAAUGCAAAUGCAGGAAGUGGGGAUGAAGAGAAAGCAGCAGUAGCAGGAUUGUUGAGAACAAUACAAAAACCGCUUAGCACAAUUGGGAGGAUAUUUGGAGAUGAUUCAUCGAGUCAGCAGAGUCAACAGAGUCAGCAGGAUAUUACGAGGCAGUUACAUCCUGUGACAGUGGAUGCCGGGCCGGUUAGCACGCCGUUGCCGGGAAAUACACCGCGGACAAGUCCGAGGCCGAAUAGUCGAGAAGGCUUACAGGCGCAGCAAGCUCAAGCUCAGAAUCAGAACCCGCCACCGACGAAUGGUUUUCCCGGGGCGAGGUAUUUACAACCCGAAGCACUGGAGGCAGCAGAGAGUGCUGCCAGACAGGCGAGUGCGGAAACAGCGGAGGCUGUGAGGAUACAAAGGGCGGAACAUGAGAACGUGGUCGGAAUAUUAUCGGCCAUGUUCCCAGAUUUGGAUAAAGACAUCAUUGACGAUGUGGUACGGUUAAAGGAUGGGAGGUUAGUAAGCUCAUUGAAUCCUAUUAAGCUUUGGUUUGUGUGA